AUGGCUGCCCAGCGAGUAGCCAUCAUCGGGGCUGGUGCCUCUGCAAAAAAAUGCCUGGAUGAGGGGCUGGUACCCACCUGCUUCGAGAGGAGCGGGGACAUCGGAGGGCUCUGGCGCUUCGAGACCAGCGUGUGCCGUGUGGCCAAGUGCCCCGACUUCACCACCACGGGCCGGUGGGAGGUGGUGACCGAGAGCAAGGGGAAGCAGGAGGCAGCCAUCUUCGAUGCCGUGCUGGUGUGCACCGGGCACCACACUGAUGCGCAUCUCCCGCUGAGCACCUUCCCAGGGUUAGAAAAGUUUGAGGGCUGGUACCUGCACAGCCGGGACUACAAAAGCCCACAGUCCUUUUUGGGGAAGCGAGUGGUCGUUGUCGGCACCGGGAAUUCAGGCAUCGACAUCGCGGUGGAGCUGAGCCACACAGCCAAGCAGGUCUUCCUCAGCACCAAGCGCGGGACCUGGGUGCUGCACCGAGUGGCAGAUGGCGGGUACCCCUUCGACUUCUCCUACAUCAGCCGCUUCGUACAGCUCCUCCACAACCUGCUGCCUCAAAACGCCAGCAACUUUCUCCUGGAGAGGAAGGUGAACUCCCGUUUUGACCAUGCACUCUAUGGCCUCCAGCCCCAACACCGGAUCCUUGACCAGCACCCGACCAUCAAUGAUGACCUGCCCAACCGCAUCAUUUCAGGCAGAGUGCUGGUGAAGCCGAACGUCCAGGAGUUCAUGGAGACAUCUGCAGUCUUUGAGGAUGGCACCAGGGAAGAUAUUGAUGCCGUGGUCUUCGCCACAGGAUACAGCUUCUCCUUCCCCUUCCUUGAGGGCUGCGUGAAGGUGGUGGAGAACCAGAUCCCCCUCUACAAAUUCAUGUUCCCUGCCAACCUGGAGAAGCCGACACUGCCAUCCCCCACCAGGACCACAGCCCCCCCCGCAGCCACCACCUCCUCUUCCCCAGGGCUGCAGGACCUGCCACCGUCCUCUGCCAUGCUGGCUGACAUCGCGCAAACCAAGGAGAAAAUGGCCGAGCGGUACGUGAAGAGCCGGCGGCACACCAUCCAAGUGGAUUACAUCCCCCUGGCACUGGAGGUGGCUUUCGGACCCUGCACGCCGUACCAGUACCGCCUGCGGGGCCCAGGCAAGUGGGUAGGGGCCAGGGAGGCCAUCCUCACCCAGCGGCAGCGCGUCGUCAGAGCCCUGCAAAGCAGAGCCGGGGGCCGUCUGCCCCAGUCCAGCACCGUGCCCCACAUCUUCAAGGUUUUCUUCAGCAUCGGUUUGAUUGUGGCCACGCUUGUCUACAUCUCGCUCUCUCCUUAA